GUGACCAAUAGUUACUGUAUUGUCUAGUGUUUUAUUUUCUCAAGUAGUGCCCCAUGGAGGGAUCGAACCAUGUCUCAAAAGCAGCAGAAAAGGUCAAAUAAGGUCACCAAAAUGUCCGUUACAGCUUUACACGACUGGCCGUACACAGUAGGCAGCGGAUUGUUUGCGGACCUCCAAAAUACCAUAGAAGAAGAAGAAACGGAUGUAAGCUAAGCGGUUUGAGCUUCCUUGGCAACGUGAGGCUUUUUAUAGCUACAUUUUGUUAGCAUGUCUUGAACAGUGUUGGAUUUUCGUGCAUAGAUAAAUUCACAUGAGUAAUUCGUCUCGUUUCCUAGUUUAUGUUAGAUAUUGUUUUUCGGUGCUAGCAAACGUGAUGCAGAAGUAGCUUUGCAACCUAUUCAAGCCAAAUCAGGUUGCUAGCUAACGUUAGCUAUGUUUCUAUCUAGCUAACGUUAGCCGGUAGAGUUCGCACCUGUUAGACAAAAAUGUCCACAUACCAUUUGUAUCGCGCAGUGCAGCUAGUUAUUCUACUUUCUGUACGUGUGACCCAUGCGGCCACAGGUGGAGGAGUCAACACAGAGUCUUCAAUAACAACGAACAGUCCAAAAACCUAUGAGCCUUUCAGUACCACUGACCCGAUGUAUACCGUUUCAACUGUUGCAUUGGAUACUUUUGCAACUGCUUCUGCUGAAACUGUCACUCAAGAUGGUGUUUCCACGGUAACCACGGACCAGGCUCCAUCAUCUGAAGCCACCACCGAGCCAGUCAUUGAAACAGUCCCACCUCCUGUUGAAACUACUGCCAAAACAAGUCUAACUCCAAAAGUGUGUUUAUGUGAUUUGACCCCAGACUUCUGUGAUAUUGGCUGCUGCUGUGACAUUGUGGACUGUGACAUCCCUGACUUGAGCUCUGUCUUCAAUGGAUGUUUAGAUGAAGUCAUAUAUGGUGAAUGCAUUGAGAGCUGGUUGAUAUUCAGAGUCAAUGUGGAUCCUUCAUGCGUCACUGUCACAAACAAAUUUGUCUGCAUUCGACCAAAAGAGGAUAAUACUACAGUUUCCCAGAUCCUUCCAGCUCUUGCUAAUACACCAUUGGACUCCUCCUACCACUUCUCUUGGAAGGGAUCCGCAACUUAUAGUACCCACACCAAAGAUUUCUACAGGGUUGAUGACACAAUCAUGUCCCAUUACAACAGCUCCUCCAUUCGUGGGGUCCUUCGACAGCCUUCACCAGGGGCCGCCACGUCUUCCUGUGUCGAGCGUAACCCUGCCAGGUUCCUGCGAUCUAUUUCUCUCUCUUGCACCCGCACCCUGACCCCCUUAUCCUGUGCCACAGACCCCAGUCUCAAUGCACAGUCCUACUUCCAUGACAUCAGCCUGCUCAAGAUUCCAGUCCGUGAGAGUAUUCAGAUAUUACCAGAUAAUCUGAUCCCAGUCACUCCAGUAGUUGGCCAUGGUUGGCCUAAACCGAGAGAACAAAAUGGUUCCUGUCUCAAUGUGGUGUCAAAGGUGGACUAUCUUAUAUGGUACACAAUUAUAGGGGAGAUCGCUAUGGCAACGGUAAACAUGGUCUUGGUAGACACUGACUCCAAUACGAAUCUGUUGCAGAAGCACACUGUCCGUUUCCAGUUAUCCACACCCCCUCCUACUCCUGAACCAACCCCUGUGGUGGGACUAACAAUGGGUACUCCUGUGAUUGGUCAGUUUGGCGAAGCAGUCCAACCUCUAACUCUUCUGGGUGUGUCACUGGGGGGAGAGUGCUCUAUUAACCCCAGCAGCCGCAUGCCCAUCCUUUUCACUCACAACACCAUCACAGGCUGUACCUUCAGUUCUCCCUCGAGUAACUGCUCUAAGCUGCGCUCCCAGCUCUAUAGGGUCCUCCGGGGGGUUGCCACACCCAACCUGGUUGCCAUGACUGUGGGGUCACAACCAGACUGGGCAAGAGUCAUCACACAGGCAUGCUCUGUGACGCCACAGGAGUCGUGUGAGUCCGGGUGUCUCCUCCCCCACUCCCUGUCAGUCCAGGUGCUGUGGGCUCAGAUAGGUCUCCUGGCCUUUCCCCAGAACUACAUCCUAGGGGCCAAAUACCUCUUCCAUUGUCAGAAGGUCAAGUGUCCCCUCGUCUCGCCUUUUGUUGUGACCAUGGAAGUGAUGUUUGUUGACACUACAGUCUACCCAGAACCCCCCAGGGGAACGCCACAGCCCGAGUGGAAAUUUCCGUUUGACUUCUUCUCCAGAGGGACAGGCGAGCUGGAUGGACAGACUCUCACCACCAACAGUAGUGACUUUAAAAAGGUCACAUGGGAUAUAAUGUUGGUUGCACUACUACUGUUGUGCUGGUUUCACAAAUGUUUGUUACAGAACUAGAAAUGUUCACUCGAUAAUCAAUUUAGCUUGCAUAUUGUAUUUUUGUUACUGUUUGAGGCUGAAUAGAUGAAAUUAGUGAAAUUGGGCACAAUUGUUUGGUUUGAAAUCUCAGGUCAUUUUAAAUUAAACAGUGAUGAUUUCCUAAACUACCAUAGUUCAUUUUUGUAAAAAAAAUAAUCUUAGACAUUAUUUCACUGAGAUAUCGGUAUGUUGCUUGCACACAGCUGUCCCUUUUCCCCCUCUUUUUGGCUCAAUCGGUUUCUGUGCUCUGUGUGUCUGUUCCUCUGCCCGGUCCUGAGGACAUAGUUGAGAAGGUGGAUGAUCCCAGCAGGCGUCAUGCCUGGUAGACGGGUAGCAGCGCCCAGCUAAUUUACAAAGACAAGACAAGUGUCAAACUCAAAAACAUCAAUCUGCUCAACAUUAAUAAUUUUACAAAUAAUGUAUUAUCAUGACUAUUUAAGCACAGGGCAGCCCAACGUUUGGUAGAUAAGCAGUGUUCCUUGAUGAAAGCUAUAAGCCCACAUACAGUACCAGUCAAGUUUGGACACACCUACUCAUUCCAGGGUUUUUCUUUAUUACUAUUUUCUACAUUGUAGAAUAAUAGUGAAGACAAACUAUGAAAUCAUGUAGUAACCAAAAAAGUGUUAAAUAUAUUUAGAUUUGUUUGAGAUUCUUCAAAGUAGCCACCCUUUGCUAGGAUGACAGCUUUGCACACGCUUGGCAUUCUUUCAACGAGCUUCAUGAGGUAGUCACCUGGUAUGCCUUCUUAAAAUGAUAAUUUCAUUAGAGUUAACUGCGCCUCAGAUUGCAGCCCAAAUAAAUGCUUCAGAGUUGGCGCCGGAGGGUAGGGCUGCCGUUUUAUCGGCUCUUAACCAACCAUGCUAUUUUGUUUGUCUUUAAGCGUUGUUCGUAACUUGUUUUGUACAUACUGUUGCUGCUUCUGGACAUCAGAACUGGAAUUACUCACCUCAAGUUGGACGAGGAGUUCUGCAAUUAGUCGGAUAUACUACGGAGGCCCGACCUGGCCCAGAUCCCCAUGAUUCACUGGAAAAGGAAACGUAGGUUUCACGGAAAGAGAUCGGGAUGCCUUGUGAGGAUCAGCCGACGAGUGGCUAAUCUGCCCUUGUCUACCGUUCAUUUGCUGGAAAAUAAAUGGGACAAACUGAAAGCACGUAUAUCCUACGUUUCGCUGAACGACGACAUUAAGAACAUACAGCUGACGGAUUAGACACUAUCAGCAGGACAGCAGCCUCUGGUGGGGCAGGGGCCGAUGGAUUUAUGUAAACAGCUGGUGCACGAUAUCUAAGGAAGUCUCAAGGUUUUACUCGCCUGAGGCAAAGUAUCUCAUGACCACACUAUCUACCUAGAGUUUUAUUCUGUAUUUUUCGUAGCUGUCUACAUACCACCACAGACCGAGGCUGGCACUAAAACCACACGAGCUGUAUUCCGCCAUAAGCAAACCGGAAAACGCUCAUAGUGGCCGGGGACUUUAAUGCAGGGAAACUUAAAUCAGUUUUACCUCAUUUCUAUCAGCCUGUUAACUGUGCAACGAGGGGAAAAAAAUUCUAGACCCCUUUACUCCACACACAGACGUGUACAAAUCUCGCCCUCCAUUUGGCAAAUCUGACCAUAAUUCUAUCCUCCUGAUUCCGGCUUACAAGCAAAAAUUAAAGCAGGAAGCACCAGUGACUAGUCUAUAUAAAAAAAAAAGGAGUUAGAUGAAGCAGAUGCUAAACUACAGGACUGUAUUGCUAGCAGACUGGAAUAUGUAUCGUCUUUCUUCCGAUGGCAUUCGAGUACACCACAUCAGUCACUGGCUUUAUCAAUAAGUGCAUAGAAGACGUCAUCCCCACAGUGACCGUACGUACAUACCCCAACCAGAAGCCAUGGAUUACAGCGAAAGGGUAGCGCUGCCACUUUCAAGGAGCGUGACUAACCUGGAAGCUUAUAAGAAAUCCUGCUAUGAUCAAACAGGUAAAGCGUCAAUACAGGAAUAAGAUUAAAUCGUGCUCCGACACUCGUUGGAUGUAGCAGGUCUUGCAAACUAUUACGACUACAAAGUGAAGCACAGCCGAGAGCUGCCCAGUGACACGAGCCUACCAGACAAGCUAAAUAACUUCUAUGCUCGCUUCGAGUAUAGUAACACUGAAACUUACAUGAGAGCAUCAGCUGUUCCGGACGACUGUGUGAUCGCGCUCUCCUCAGUCGAUGUGAGUAAGACCUUUAAACAGGUCAACAUUCACAAGGCCGCAAGGGCCAGACGGAUUACCAGGACAUUACUCCGAGCAUGCGCUGACCAACUGGGAAGUGUCUUCACUGACAUUUUCAACCUCUCCCUGUCUGAGUCUAAUACCAACAUGUUUCAAGCAGACCACCAUAGUGUUCUUGGGCACAGGGACUAAGGUAACCUGCCUAGAUGACUACCGACCCGUAGCACUCACGUCUGUAGCCAUGAAAUGCUUUGAAAGGCUGGUCAUGGCACACAACACCAUUAUCCCAGAAACCCUAGACCUGCUCCAAUUUGCAUACCGCACCAACAGAUCCACAGAUGAUGCAAUCUCUAUUGCACACCACACUGCCCUUUCCCACCUGGACAAAAGGAACACCUAUGUGAGAAUGCUAUUCAUUGACUACAGCUCAGCGUUCAACACCAUAGUGCCCUCAAAGCUCAUCACUAAGCUAAGUACCUUGGGACUAAACACCUCCCUCUGCAACUGGAUCCUGGACUUCCUGACGGGCCGCCCCCAGGUGGUAAGGGUAGGUAACAACACAUCCACCACGCUGAUCCUCAACCCGGGGGCCCCUCAGGGCUGCGUGCUCAGUCCCCUCCUGUACUCCCUGUUCACUCAUGACUGCACGGCCAGGCACAACUCCAACACCAUCAUUAAGUUUGCUGAUGACACAACGGUGGUAGGCCUGAUCACCGACAACGAUGAGGUCAGAGACCUGACCGUGUGGUGCCAGGAUAACAACCUAUCCCUCAACGUGAUCAAGACAAAUGAGAUGAUUGUGGACUACAGGAAAAGGAGGACCGAGCACACCCCCAUUCUCAUCGAUGGGGCUAUAGUGGAGCAGGUUGAGAGCCUUGGCUCCUUGGCGUCCACAUCACCAACAAACUAACAUGGUCCAAGCACACCAAGACAGUCGUGAAUAGGGCACGGCAAAACCUAUUCCUCCUCAGGAGACUGAAAAGAUUUGGCAUAGUUCCUCAGAUCCUCAAAAGAUUUUACAGCUGCACCAUCGAGAUUAUCCUGACAUUGACUCUGUGCCGGUACCCCCUGUAUAUAUAUCCCCGCUAUUGUUAUUUACUGUUGCUCUUUAAUUAUUUAUUAUUCUUAUUACAAUUUGGGGGGGAGGGGUAUUUUCUUAAAACCGCAUUGUUGGUUAAGGGCUUGUAAGUAAGCAUUUCACUAAGGUCUACACCUGUUGUAUUCGGCGCAUGUGACAAAUAAAAUUUGUAGUAACAGACAUCUCAACAUCAACUGUUCAGAGGAGACUUCGUGAAUCAGGCCUUCAUGGUCGAAUUGCUGCAAAGAAACCACUACACCAAGAAGAAGAGACUUGAUUGGGCCAAGUAACACAAGCAAUGGACAUUAGACCGGUGGAAAUAUGUCCUUUGGUUUGAUGAAUCCAAAUUGGAGAUUUUGGGUUCCAACCGCCGUGUUGUGAGACACAGAGUAGGAGAACGGAUGAUCUCUGCAUGUGUGGUUCCCACUGUAAAGCACAGAGGAGGUGGUAGGAUGGUGUGGGGGUGCUUUGCUGGUGACACUGUCUGUGAUUUAAUUUCGAAUUUAAGGCACACUUAACCACCAUAGCAUUCUGCAGCGAUACACCAUCCAAUCUGGUUUGCACUUUAGUGGGAGUAUUAUUUGUUUUUCAACAGGACAAUGACCUAACACACAUCCAGGCUAUGUAAGGGCUAUUUGAACAAGUGAAGGAGUGCCGCAUCAGAUGACCUGACCUCCACCCAAUUGAGGUAGUUUGGGAUUAGUUAGACUGCAGAGUGAAGGAAAAGCAGCCAGCAAGUGCUCAGCAUAUGUGGGUACUAUUUCAAGACUGUUAGGAAAAGCAUUCCAGGUGAAGCUGUUUGAGAGAAUGCCAAGUGUGUGCAAAGCAAACGGUGGCUACUUUGAAGAAUCUAAAGUAUAUUUUGAUUUGUUUAACACUGUUUUUGGUUACUACAUGAGCUCAUAGUUUUGAUGUCUUCACUAUUAUUCUACAAUGUAGAAAAUUGUAAAAAAUAAAGAAACCCUUGAAUGAGUAGGUGUGUCCAAACUUGACUGGCACUGUAGUCUUAAGAGUUUGGACACCUCAUUUAGCAGGUGAAGAUUUGGAUAACCACUGGGAUUCUUAUGAAGGGUGUUAGAUCUAUUUACUAUUUUGUGGUAGUGUAACAUGUCAUUAUAUAAGGCCUAUCUCACAACACCUAGGCUGUGUCCGGAAUCGGUCUUGCUUACCACUUACAAAAACUACAUACUAUUUAGAAUGCAUUGUUUAGAUCAAAUGUAUGCAGUAAGCAACAAGUAACAAAAUACUAGGCUCACCCACACUGAGAAUGUCUCAUUGAAUGCACAAUUGUCAUUUGUUCAUUUUGGUACAGCCCAUCACCUUACCUGAUUAUCAGCUGUUGUCAAACACAUGGGUCACACUUUUUUUUAUUUUCGCAUACCCAAACAACCUGUUUAGGAUGCAAGUAUGAGUGUCCGGACACGGGCGCACGUCACACUCGGUCAGUUAUAUAUUUUUUGUCAUAAAAAAAUUACUAGCUGUAGCUAAGUUUCCAUCCAAUUGGCGACAGAUUUAUGAAAAUAUUCUAAAAACCCCAUAAAGAAAAUAUGCCAAUUUUCCCCACGAAAUAGACUUAUUGCGGAUAGAAAUCUGUGCGAUGACGUAGUGCAUGUAACAGUAUAACUUUACGUCGUCCCCUCGCCCCGACACGGGCGCGAACCAGGGACCCUCUGCACACAUCAACAACAGUCGCCCACGAAGCAGCGUUACCCAUCGCUCCACAAAAGCCACGGCCCUUGCAAAGCAAGGGGCAACACUACUUAAGUCUCAGAGCAAGUGACGUAACUGAUUGAAAUGCUACUAGCGCGUACCCGCUAACUAGCUAGCCAUUUCACAUCCGUUACAUGCACAUAAAGCUUAAGUUUUCAUGUACCGAAUUUGUUUCCAUCCCAUUUUCAACUGCUGAUAGUUUUGUCACAAUCUGUUGUGUUAAAUAGCAAAUGUAUCUCCUCUGGUCUUGUUACGUGUGCUCCAGCCAACAGCUCGCAGAUACAGUGCAGUCUAGUCUAGUCUACAUGAUGAGAUUAUUAUGGAUAAGAAUGAGAAUAUUUAUUUGUUAAACAGCAGUCAAGCAUUGAUCAGGUCAUCAGAAUAAGACCCUCGAUAUUUAUUGGAAAUGAGCAUCAAGCUCAUCACAGUGCACUUUCAACACCCUACUCUGUCUUAUCUAUGCAUAGUCACUUUACCCCUACUUACGUGUACACAUUACCUCAACUAACCCGUACCCCUGUACAUUGGCUCGGUACUGAUUGUAUAUAGCCUUGUUAUUAUUUUUUGUUACUAUUUUCCUUUAGUUUAUUUCACACUUUAUUUAUUUUUAACUCUUUGUUGGUUAAGCGCUCGUAAAUAUCUAUUUCACGGUAAGGUCAACACCUGUUGUAUUCAGCGCAUGUAACAAAUACAAUUUUAUAUGUUUCCACCACCAUUUCUAGCAUAAUUCAUUUUACUGACAAAGAAAAUAGCCCAGUUUGUCAAUCAAAACACAUUAUCUGUUGGUAUUUAUAAAAUUUUACCGAAA